GAGAAAGGAAUCUACUUUAAGAAUAUCACCCCACCAAAACAAAGGAAUUCCGCGCCAUCGCCAAACCCAUGGCUCUCUCAGCCCCGCCGGCUCCGCCUAACCCUUCCCCCUCCGCCGUGGCUUCCUCCGGCGCCACCGCGACCACCACCACCGCGACGAGACCUCUGUAUUCCAACUCCCGACCGCCGCUCACCGUCCAGCCCCAUCCUUUCCCCCCACAGCCCCAGCGAUUCCCUUCGAAUCAAAACCCCAUCUACUCCCAAUUGGCUCCGCCGCAGCUUCAGAGCACUCUCUACUCCGUCUCCUCCUCUGGCCGGGGGUAUAUUUCCGGCCCCGCCGUGCCUUGUCCUCCUCCUAAUCAGAAUAAUUACGUUACCCGACCUGCUGUUGGGUACGCUACCUCAAUUCCGCCUUUUGGGGUUUCUGCUAAUACGGAUCCGGGUUCAGGGCCCGGACUGGGCUUCGUCAGGCCUUCCAAUUUGACCCACGCCUCCGUCACUCUUGCUAAUUCCACUGCAAAUGCCGGGACUUUAAUACCUGUGGUCGUCCAAGGAUUUCCAGUUUCUUCUGCUCAUCAGAGGCUGGCUCCCGCAAAGCCUUCUUUUGGCGAUUUGAGUGGCUCCAAAGAUGGAAGGGAUAGAAGUAAAGAUGAUUCUUUGUCAGUAGUUAGAGAUAGGAAAGUCAGACUUACUGAUACUGCUUCCCUCUAUACGUUAUGUCGGUCGUGGUUGAGGAAUGGUUUUCCUGAAGAUACCCAGCCGCAGUAUAUGGAUGCUGAAAAGUCUCUUCCUAAGCCAUUAGCUGUGGAAUCACAAGAUGCUCAGUCACCUGAGAAGAAGGAAGAUAUUGCGGGACAAGAGGAGGAUGAUGUAUCGCUUGAGCAUCUAUCUACAGAAAAGCUGUUGCAAAUGCAUGUCAAGCGUGCAAAGAAAAUUAGGUCAAGAUUAAGAGAAGAAAGGCUAAAGCGCAUUGCUAGAUAUAAAACAAGGCUUGGUCUUCUCCUCCCACCUAUGGUAGAUCAAACGCAACACACCGGAGGAUGAAUAGGCCCCUUUCCACACAAAUCUUCCGCAGCCCACAUCGUAACAUUGAGUAACAUAGGUCACUAGCUUUUCAUUGGGGGGGCAAAGCUUGUUCAUGCUAUCAGGUAAUUUGACUUCAGAUUGUGGUCACUGGUCAGUUUAAGAGUUGUCUAAAACUUAGGGAAAAUGCUUAUCAACUUUGGUUUGGGGUUUUCGUCUCGCGUUUCCUCAAUCUUGUAUACUAUACAGAUAUGAGUAAUUGAUUAUUACAGAGUUAUUAUUAUGAUUUUAAUAUAAUUUGUGGGGGGUU